AGUAACAUGUUGUGAGCAGCAAACAGGAGUUUUGCAAGGGAAUUAUCCAGGUGAAAGAGGAGACACUACAUGAUCCUGGGCAUAAUCUGUGACCAUGACAACUGAAGCUGGCCCAGAGACUGAAGUAAAGAAGGAAUCUGAGCAGCUAGGGGCAGAUGCAGCCAAGGAAACACACGAGGAAGCAACAGAGAGUCAGGAAAAUCAAAAGUCUGAAAAGACACUCUCUGAAGAGGCACAAAGUUCUCCUUCUUCCCCAGCACUAGCUACCCAAAGCAGCCCAAGUAGUCAGAAGAAGGAAAAAGAUCCAUCUGAAGGCAAGGGAAUCUCUCGCUUUAUCCCCCCAUGGCUUAAGAAACAAAAAUCAUAUACCUUGGUGGAGCCCAAAGAUGAAGCCAAGAAAAAACCUGUAGAGGAAAGACCGGUAGUGGAGGAGAGGGAAAGUCAACUUCCAGAGGAUAUGGCUCAGCCAAAGGGAAACUUGGAAGAAGCAACAAUUGAGAGUCAACAGGAGGCUAAAGCAGAUGACAAGGAGGAAGAGGAGAAGCAUUCUGUGAGCAGUGCUGACACACAGCCUGCUAAAGAAGACAAUAAAGAGAUUGAAGUAGAGAAAGUUGCCGAUGAGCAAGAAGAAAAACAAAAAGUAGAAGAAAAGAGGGAGACCAAAGAGGUACAAACAGCUGAAAUCAAAAUGGAUAAAGCGCCUCAGAAAGCUCCCAAGAAGAUUAAAUCUGUGCCGUGCAAAGUGAUGCUCCUGGAUGGCACCGAAUACAGCUGUGACCUAGAGAAAAGAGCUAAAGGCCAGGUGCUAUUUGACAAGGUGUGCGAACAGCUCAAUUUACUGGAAAAGGACUAUUUUGGCCUGUUGCUUCGAGAUAACUCAGAUCAGAAGAACUGGUUAGAUUCUUCAAAGGAAAUCAAGAGGCAAAUUCGAAGUUUACCCUGGCUAUUCACCUUUAAUGUGAAGUUUUAUCCUCCUGAUCCUUCACAGUUGACUGAAGACAUUACCAGAUAUUUCCUAUGCCUACAGCUUCGUCAGGAUAUUGCUUCUGGCCGACUGCCAUGUUCUUUUGUGACUCACGCCCUCCUUGGUUCAUAUACUCUGCAGGCUGAGCUAGGCGACUAUGAUUCAGAGGAGCACAAUAACCAUUACAUCAGCGAAUUCCAAUUUGCACCCAAUCAAACAAAAGAGAUGGAGGAGAAAGUAGUAGAACUGCACAAAACACACAGGGGCUUGACUCCAGCACAGGCAGAUUCUCAUUUCUUAGAAAAUGCCAAGAGGCUUUCCAUGUAUGGAGUGGACUUGCAUCAUGCCAAGGAUUCUGAAGGUGUGGACAUCAUGCUGGGUGUAUGUGCUAAUGGGCUACUCAUUUACAAGGAUAGACUCCGAAUCAACCGUUUUGCUUGGCCCAAAAUUUUGAAAAUCUCUUAUAAACGCAGUAACUUCUACAUCAAAGUCAGGCCAGCAGAGCUGGAACAGUUUGAAAGCACCAUUGGGUUCAAAUUGCCAAACCAUCGGGCUGCUAAAAGGUUAUGGAAGGUUUGUGUGGAGCACCAUACUUUCUACAGACUUGUAUCACCAGAACAGCCUCCUAAGGCAAAAUUUCUGACCUUGGGUUCCAAGUUCCGCUACAGUGGCCGUACUCAAGCACAGACACGGCAGGCUAGCAACCUUAUAGACAGACCAGCUCCGUACUUUGAGCGCACCUCAAGCAAACGUGUCUCCAGGAGUCUUGAUGGGGCUCCUGUGGGUAUCACAGACCAAAGUCUGCUAAGGGAUUUUUCUGCUACCACAGUGGGACCUGCUGGUGUUAUGGUCUUUGAUGGUGAAGCUGUUGGCCAGACCAAGUUAAAAAAUGGCGAAAGUAGAGAUGAGGAUGGAAGCCCAACUAAAAUUCCACAACUGGAAUUAACCCCGGAUGAAAAGAACAAUUCCUUGAAAGUAAACGGGGAAAAUAUUUAUGUCAGACAUAGCAAUUUAAUGUUGGAGGACCUGGAUAAGACCCAGGACGACUUACUGAAACAUCAGGCUAGCAUUAGUGAACUCAAGCGCAAUUUCAUGGAAUCCACACCUGAGCCACGCCCCAAUGAAUGGGAAAAGCGGCGUAUCACACCUCUGUCUCUACAGACACAAGGGAAAAAAGGAGACCACAUUUUCCAAAGGAAAAAAUUACCUGGGAAGGAGAAGCAAUGGACUGCAGUGACAUGGAUUACUGAGGCAAAAACAGAAGAAACUAUCCAGAGCCUAGAAGAGGAAAUAACGUCAAUUUUAUUUAGUAAAGAGGGCUUUUCCACUAGCAUGAAAUCUACCUUCACUUCAUCCACCGCAUGGACAGCAGAGGGCACUGUUGUGAAAGAUAAUGUACCUUCUGAAAUGCUUUCUGCCUCACGCUUCUUACAACUGCCUGAGAAACUUCCUUCCAGAGCAGAAGGGCCUUGCACUGGAGCCAGCGAUGCUGAUAAGAGUUCACAUGAGACUCUGAACGUAGUGGAAGAGAAGAAACAGGCAGAGGUGGGGAUAGAAGAUACUGUAGUCAUAGACGAAAUCAACAGAGGGAAAAUGCAAGCUGUCUCUGAUGCUGGGGAGACCCGUAAGGUGGAACAUGUGUCAAAAAAGGACUCUUCUUCAUUGUCAUCAGAUAGCAGCAGCAGCAGCAGCAGUAGUGAGAGUGAGGAUGAAGUGGUGGGAGAGUAUCAGCCCCAUCACAGGGCGGCUGAGGACAUCAUAAGGGAAGAACAAGAAGAAAAUGAAGAUGCCAAAAGAAUGGAGGAGUGUGCAACAAAAAUAAUACAGAGUGUGGAAACUGUACAAGAAGGCAGUAAAGUAAGAGUUGAGCACACGCAAGUUACAGCAAAGGCUUUGGCCCAGGAAAAUGCAGUUGCCAUUAAAACUGCAGAGACAAAUGUAAUGGAAGAGGGGAAGCAAGACCUGAGAGCAGAAGAUGAGGAAGAACAGCUCAGAAUAAACGGAGAUGUGUCUCAUGUUGACAUUGAUGUUGUGCCACAAAUAAUUUGUUGUUCUGAGCCUCCGGUAGUAAAGACCGAGAUGGUGACCAUUUCAGAUGCCACACAGAGAACAGAAAUCUCCACCAAGGAAGUCCCAAUUGUUCAAACAGAGACCAAAACUAUCACAUAUGAAUCUCCACAGUUUGAUGGCAGUGCAGGCGGUGAUGCUGGUGUGCUGUUGAGUGCACAGACUAUAACGUCUGAAUCAGUUUCUACAACUACAACCACACACAUCACUAAGACCGUAAAAGGUGGAGUAUCAGAAACAAGGAUUGAGAAGCGCAUUGUCAUCACUGGAGAUGCAGAUAUUGACCAUGACCAGGCACUGGCACAGGCAAUCAAAGAAGCCAAAGAGCAGCACCCUGACAUGUCUGUCACGAGGGUAGUGGUGCAUAAAGAAACUGAACUUGCUGAGGAAGGGGAGGAGUAA